GUGAUUGUGGAGCUCGGGCGGGGAGGGAGGGAAGGUUGCGCCACAGGAAGUGCCGAGACAAACCAGGAACCGCAGGAGACUCGGCAUGAUUUGGCGCAGAGCCGACGGCUAAACUGCACAGGCGAACCGGUCGGACUCCCCCUCCCCACCCAGGGAAGGAAGGAUGGGGGGCUCUCCGAGCGUCCAGAUUCCGGGCGGAGGAAGCGAGGGCUACCACGUCCUGAAGGUGCAGGAGAAUUCCCCCGGUCAUCAGGCAGGAUUGGAGCCUUUCUUUGAUUUUAUCAUCUCGGUUUGUGACACCAGACUGAACAGGGAUAACGACACGCUGAAAGAGCUUCUGAAGAUCAAUGUAGAGAGGCCUGUGAAGGUGCUGCUGUACAGCAGCAAGACCCUUUCUGUGAGGGAGACCACCGUCACGCCCAGCACCACGUGGGGCGGCCGUGGCCUUCUCGGUGUCAGCAUUCGGUUCUGCAGCUUCCAGGGAGCCAAUGAAAAUGUUUGGCAUGUCUUGGAGAUUGAGCCAAACUCUCCCGCAUCUCUGGCUGGUUUGAGAGCUCACGUGGACUUCAUCAUAGGAGCAGACGCGGAAAUGAAUGAGGGCGAAGAUCUGUUCUCCCUCAUUGAAGCACAUGAAGGGAAGGAGCUAAAGAUGUACGUUUACAGCACGGACGCAGACAACUGUCGCGAAGUGAUCAUCACUCCCAACUCUGAGUGGGGCGGGAAGGGCAGCCUUGGAUGUGGGAUUGGUUUCGGUUACCUGCACAGGAUACCCACACUGCCUCUCAAAGAAAGCAAGAAAGGCUUUCCUGCACCAACUCCUGACGUGGCUCCAGCAUCUCUUGAUGGCCUUUCAGAGGUCCAUCUCUCUGCUGUCACUACAACCAUUCCAGCUGUGUCGUCUUCGGCUUCAGCUGGAUUAGAGCUGUCUCUUGCAACUUUAUCGGUCGGCUCGAAACUGGACGCUGAGCGAGGAAAUCUACCAACAGGCUCGAUGCCUCAUUCUGGAGGUUUUGCAUCUUUUUAUCAUCUGCCAAACGUGGGCCCUGUACUUCCACCAGGAAUCAGGAUGCAACAUUCAGGUCUUUCGCCUCCUCCCAGCAUGGCAGGUGCAGUCUGCAGCAAGGGUCUGCUUCCUUCUGACUUUGUGUGUGCUGUUCCUGCCAACACAGAGUCCUUGGCAGCACUCGCUUCCACCUCUGCCCAUAUGAACAGUUCAUUGACCCAAACCCAUAGCCCCUUGAUGCCUGCAUCUGGAUCAAUUAGUAUCACCGUGGACUCCUCUUAGCACAGUCCGACCAACCGACCCCCACCUGGCUCUCACGUUUUCAGCAGCGGAAGCAGGCUCAGCUCACUCCGCCUGCAUUCCUGGAGGCUGUUGGAAUGAAAUAGCUCAACAACUCAAAGUGAAACCCAGGGCAGUUUUUAAAACAGAGGUCUAAUGUACCUGAGCUACAAAAACAAAACAAAAAAGGCACAACUUUGAAUCCUUUUCAUAACAGAAAGUCAGCAUCAUUUCAUCUUGAGGGUUGAUCUGUUCAAAGUUCGGAUUGAGAAAAGUAAAACUUGAACUUGGUCACUGCACUAUAAUAAACUACUGAAGACCGUUGGUUUCUACAGGAAAAUGUAAAGUGCAAUAAUGAUUACAUGAGUAUGUUAUGUCUUGUCCUCUUUGUCAUUUGUGGUCAUUUUUGUAGUAGCACGGCAAGCCAGCAGGGGUCACUGCAACCUGAGAAUACUUUAGUUCAGUUUGUCGUGGAAUUUCUAGAAUGUGCGCCUGAAGGGAGCAAGUAGGGUCUUAAAAUUCAACCCAGAAUUAUGCAAACUGUGUGAAUUGAAGAUUAAAGCAGAAUAAGACAGAGGAGAGCCAAGCUGAUCAUCAGCAAACAUGCCUGUGAAUGCAAAGGUCUCCUUAAUAUACAGAACUAGUGUAAAAA